AACUCGAGGUGCGCGCCGCUUCCUGCUUGCGUGUUUUUUGCGCAUCACACGGGUCUGCACAAGAUCGUUCAACUGCAGGAAGACGCAGCACUUUAUUACCUCUCAACUUGCACAACAGGGACUGGCGCCCGUGAAAUGCACUUGCCUGUAUCGGGCGCGUUAAGAAAGGAUGUCUGGAAAGGGAGAGAAAGAAAAAAAGAAGUGUGUCAGGGAAGGCAUGCAAGCCUCUUCGCUGCCGUUUGUCGAGUUUUCCGAUCUCUUCUCGGCUGCCCUCCUCCCUCCUUGCGCACCCUGCUCGGACGAGUCACGUACGUGCCCUCUCUCCCCCCGAAAUUGCGUGGCCCGCCGGCUCCACGCACGUGGACUAGUUACGAGCGCGGUGGUCAGUUUCGCAUUGUGGCCCCCCCGAAACGCGGCGGCUCCCGCGUGCCUUCGACGCACCGUGCAAAGCCGGCAUAUCUUCGCUCCUGCUUCUCCAGUGCCGGUGCUUAGGGCAGCGGAUCGAAUCGACCGUGUCGUCUUCUUGAACUUGGCGUGAUUACGACCGAGCCUCCCGACAGAUAUGACGUCGCUUCUAGCGUCCGAAAUAAUGACGCCGAUCGUGGACCUGUACAGGUACGUGCUCUCUAAACGGGACCCGCGCACGGAAGGCUGGUCCCUCGUGGCCGAUCCCAAGUUUGUGUUCCCGUUGCUGUUUGGCUACAUCUACGUGGUCAAGAUCGGCGGCCCGCGAUGGAUGAUGAACCGCAAGCCGUUCGAGCUCAAGCCCAUCAUCAUGGUCUACAACUUGGCGAUGGUGAUCGCCAACAUAUUCUUUUUUUACCAGUACGUUCGCCACUCGUACCUGGGCGGAGGCUACAACGUCUUCUGUCAGGGCGUCAGCUACUCCCGUGACGAGACUGCCAUGACCAUACUCAACCUGACGUGGUGGUACCUCUUCGUGCGUAUCGCCGACUUCUUCGACACCUUCUUUUUCUUAGCGAGGAAGAAGUUCUCCCACAUCACCGUGCUUCACGUGCUUCAUCAUUUUCUCGUGGUGUUCAGCGGCUGGCUCUGGAUCACCUUCGGAUGCGACGGUCAAGUGCUGAUGGGCAUCUGCUUCAACUCGUUCAUCCACAUCAUCAUGUAUUCGUACUACUUCCUCAGUGCCCUCGGUCCUGCGGUGCAGAAGUACUUGUGGUGGAAAAAGUACCUCACUCGUCUGCAGAUAUUCCAGUUCGUCUUUCUCACCCUGCACGUGUCAAUACCGAUCUUCUAUGACUGCGGGUACCCGAUGGUGCUCACCGUGCUCGCGUCUGCGCAAGGCACCCUGGGACUAGUGCUGUUCAUCAACUUUUACAUCAACGCUUACGCCUCAAACAGAAACUUGGACUUCUGCACUGUGCAAGGAGAUAAAAGAGACUGACCACUAUGAGGUGCGUGGCGCUUUGAGUCGUGCGUGAAAAGCGCAGGACCGCAUACGGAAGGUGGCUUCAGUGAACACCGUCGUAACGGGUUUCGAUUCUAGUUUCAAACCGCGAGGCGAACUGCAGACGGGAACGCCAACUUGAUCACUGACAGAGUUCCCACGCCGAAUUUACAAAGCCUAUCAUUCGCAAGAACCCCUUUCUCUUCCGCUGCCAUGCUUUGCAUGGGCUUGUCCUUAUGAAGUGUUCUUGCGCACGAGCGGCUUUGUGAAAUCGGGUUGAGCUUGCUAUUACGUACCAUGCAUUUCUAGUUUGUCACAACUUCACUGACAUUUGUGGCGUGUUUAACAUGUUUUUCACCACUGUUAUUGUGAGCGCUCAUUUUUUGUGUGCAUGCUACAUAAUUUGUUGCAACUUUCAGCAUUUCAUGCUUUAAACUCGAGCAAGCAUUUACUACCCAUGUAACAGAGGCAUUUUCUUUAUUAUUUGUUGCAUUCUUCCCGGAGCUAGGUUUACCUUCUAGAGCGUAACACCGUAAACCCCUUGCGUAGGGUCGCUAACAUCGUAAGGACGCCACUUUAUCAUUUCUGUGAGAAGGAAACUGAUGCUAUAAUGGACAGGUAUAAAAGGAUGGUUGUUUUAUUUCUGCGCAGUAUGAAUUGAGCAGAUUUCCACAGUGAUCUACUAGAAUAAUCACCCUUCUAGCCACAACUACAACGUAAAAGGCCUUUCUUCAGAAGCGACUUUAAUCACCUCAAUUCCUCACGGAACACUUAAUCAAAAGAGAGAAAACUUAGAUUGACGAAGAAAAUUCAUCAUUCUGGUUCAAUUCCGGCAAAAAGCUAGUCAUCGCAAUCUAGAGACAUAAGAAACUAUGCGCACAAGACGUGGACAGAGAAGAGGCUAAGACACGCGAGCGCCGACUUAUAACACUGUUUUAUUUCGACGCAAGUGGUCUGACGGACGCUUACACUUUCUCGACAUUAGGUUUUUAUUUUGAGACAAACGUAUAUACUGGAAAUAUGAGCCUCGUGCCAAUAAGCAACUGCUCCCGUAUGCGUCAGCACACUCGAAACUGGUAAAAAGGGGCGUCGCGAAGUUAUGCCUGUCCAGCACUUCAUGCAAGUCUUGCUCAGAGCUCAUGACCAACAGCUUCUCUGAACAGAUUAUCCGCCUCAGGAACGCGGGGUAUCCCACGCAUGUUCUUGUCAACGUUGCUGAAGGUCUGUUGAAGCGCAAGUCACCACAAAUAACUAAUGCUACUCACUCUUCCACAAAUCACAACAAAGUUGCGGUUAUUCCGUACAUCCACGUCAUAUCGCAUCGACUGAAAAGGAUUUGCCAGUGGGCCAAUGUAAAAGUAUGUGUUUUUUCCCCGCUCCUGAUAAACUGCAAUCUUUGUGCAGGUUGACCAGGGAGCGCGCUCCCAAAAAGCUUGUUUGCAAAAAGAGACAUCAGUAAAUGUUCGUUGACUGUGCGGAAGGGAUCGUUUACAAUCUGCCUUUGAACUGUGGAACCAACUAUUUUGGUCAGAGCGGUCGGUGUCUUAACGACAGGCUUCGGGAGCAUCGCUACAAUGUGAUAGAAAUGAGAGGGGGGUUUCUGGAUGCGCACUGUAGAAAUUGCAUGCGUAAAAAGGAAAAUGCCACAAAUAAGAGCAUGUGUAGUCCGGUAUUUAGUGCCUGCUCAAUUGUUAGCAAACGUCAUAAUCAGUUAACCCGCGAGAUCAUCAAAGCGGAAUCGAUUGACAGGCUUGGUGACACCUGUGUGUCAAAACAGUCUGUCGCCCUGUCUAGGAAAGAUUUAUGCUUGUUGCGUAAAGAUAGGAAUUUCCGGCGGGCGGCGCACACGUGGUGGGUCGCAGGUUAUGUCAUAUAUGUGUUUGUUUGUUUAGAAAUAAAACACUGUUGUUAGUCUGCGCUUGUGUGUCUUAGCCUCUUCUCUGGCCUCGUCUUGUGCGCAUAAAGUUUAUUUCAUGUCUUUUCAACAUACACAAACAAUCACCUUAGUAGACAUAUCAGAAUGAAGAUGUUAUGUGAAUGAAGAUGCCACGAGCGUUUCCAACAA